AUGGAAGUUAAUUCUGUGGGUUUUCUGUCAUUUUUUUUCAGAUUUCCAGAUGGUGGAGCAUUGCUCAUGCUUCUGUUUUAUAUUCCAUGUGGUCUGUUGCUUGUGGUAUUUAGAUUCUUCUUCGGGCUUCAACUUCUUCUUAUAAUGUCAAUUCUACCAAAAGAAUCGCUUGUAAGAAGGUAAAGACCAAAGCAUAAUAACCCUUUCUGCCCUAAUAACGGGCAAUUAAAGAAAAAGCUUGAAGAAGUAAGUAGUACCAGGCAAAAGUUGUACCAAAGAGGUUCCAUUUGAAUGGUAUUCUUAUAUCUUUCCAUUUAAUAAUUAUGGUGCAGUGGAACCUCGAUAUAAUGAACCUCCAUAAGACAAAGUCCUCUGUAUAAUGGACAAUUUUCUUUGCCCCAGUAAUAGUAAAAUAUAUGAAAAAGAACCUUGUUAUAAGAUAACCUUGUUAUAGUGAACAAAUUUUUGCCAGUCCCAGCCCUUGGCCCUUCAUUAUACAUGUAUAAUUAUUGAGGUUCUACUGUAUACUGGGAUAAAAGUGUUAAGAUAUUGACGAUUAGUGUGUUAUUUUUAACGUGAUUUCUGCUAACUUUUUACAAGAAAAACGUUUUUUCGUAGGCUUCUAUUUAGGGUUUCCUCUGCCAUACUCGGAGUUGCUGUUACUCAAGAAGGAUAUGAAAAUUACAUUAAAGGCCAACAUAAGGUAUCAAUGUUGAUGUACGGUGUGUCAUUGUUAUUAUCACAAUGAAGCUCAGCAAUUUUGGGCACUUUUUUGCAGUAAUCUUAAAUAUUUUAGACUGGUGACAUUAGCCUGGUGCAGAUCCUGACUCGUCCCCAGUCGUCUCUAAGUUGUCUCUACUCAUUAAUUAUUUACUAGGGAAGCGCUUGGGUUAUGUGCGCGGGGAGGGUGGGAAGGCUAGAGGAGGGGAGGAGGGAGUCUCUCCCUUCUUCCUUCCCAUCAUUCCCUUUGUUAAAGAGCCCAUUCUAGUCUUCCACGCUGAAUACUAAUAAUGAGAGACAACUGGGGAUGAGUCUGGGACAGAUCUAGAAAAUUCAAAAUGAGGCAGUCAUAAUCCCAACUGGGAAGGCGGGGAACCUGUGUUUGGGACCUACCUCUGUUGAAAAGUCUAGCUGGUUUUCCGGAGAUGGAAUUUGCUAAUAAAAAUUUGCAAAUUUCAGGGAGCGUUUGCAUCCAGAAUUGUAAGCUCUACAUUAUUAAUAUAGACAGAAAACUCUAAUUAUAUUGGUCUUCACUGGGUCACUACUUUUUAUGGUUGCUACUGACAGUCAGUAGUAAAUGAUAGGACAAACCACAACUUCACUUGAACUGUAGCAUAUAAAGAGUGGGCGUGGCAGAGAGAGACUCCUUCUCCCUCUUCCCCAUUCCCCCCAUGGAUGGUUAGGGGUGGAGAUGGCUGACAGUUCAGACCAGUAAUCAAUCACAAUGUACACUUGUAAAUGAGAUAUUUGGGUGAGCACAUACUGCUGGUUGAAAAUAAAAUAAAGGUAUUUUUUGGAUCUUUUGGAUAUUAAUAAUGGUUAUUUUCAGGUUGUUAUCAGCAAUCAUGUUACAGCCUUGGAUAACGUUGCUAUAGAAACUAUUCUUCCAAGUAUCAUGGUUAGCAUUAAUUUUUUGUUUUGGCUCAUAAACUGACCAAGUCCACUUAAAUAAUUUUAGUUUGCACAUUUUAAUCAUAUUUAACUAUAUAGUUUACAUCAUUCUGUUCCAGUUCAUGCAUGUAUUUUUAUUUUAUUUUAAUUUUUCUUGCUUUUCUCUCACAUAAGUGGCAAUUAUUUGAUAUAGCUUGUAUCUUUAUUUUAUUAUUUAAAAGAAAUUUCGAGGGCUCAAAAGCAAGCACCAUCCUGUUGUUUGAAACAAGUAAAUUUUCUUGCUGGGCAAGCAACCUUUUAACUCACUUGUCCCCUGGGCAAGGGUCCAGGCAAAUCGAACAUCCACAUUGAUUUCGCAAUUGAUUCUUUUUGUUCGUUACUGGUAGCCUGUCCGUUUCUCUCUUGACGAACAGGUUUCGUCUACUGAACUUUAAGUUCAAAAAAAAAAGUCGGAAGAAAACAAAUAACAUGUGAUCUGAAAUGUACAAUGUAAUAUCAGGCAAAUUAAAUUGACAGCUGUACCAUCCACCCUCCAUUAAAUAAUUAUGCAACCUCUUCUAGGGGUAUAGAAUGGUACGUCAAAAAACAUGGGUGUUGGAAAAUUUUGGCCUGAUCUGGAAAUCCCAGAAGCGUUGAUGGUUCGUGCAGUCUUGUUUUCAAGUGAUUUUUGUGUCUUGGAGUCUCAAUUUUUUUUCUGCCGAUGGAUCUGGGAUUUAAGGAUUUGUCAUUUUUUCCUUCUGUUUGAUCUUCAGGAGUUGAAUUUUUCAGAGUUCCUGGGUGCAGCUUAUUGAAUUGAGCUAAUAAUAGAUUAAGACAGUAAAACAAGAAGCAUUUACAUAUUGAUGGGCUAUAGGCAUUUUCAGUCAUUUUAUUUAGCUUUGUUUGUACCAUUAUCUUGAAUUUUUUUGGCGCUUAGGGUCUCGGGCUUGGAUUUUUUAGAAGUCUGGACUCAGAAUUGAUAAAAAUCUCUAAGUCUUGGUCUCAAAUAUUGGAACCAGGGUCUGACAGUCUAGCAAAGUCUUGAAUUUACCAUUCUAUACCCCUUGUACUGUAUUUUAGUGGAUGGUUUUUUGGUAAUAGGUAGAUCAUCUGACCACAUUAAGUUCAGGUUCCAAGAAAUCAUACAAUGUAACAUUGUUGUUAUUAUUCCCAGCCGUUUAGCAAAUGUGAUUGCCCAUGGCUUGUAAAGUGGAUCUUAGGCUACCAGGAAUUUACUUCUGACAAAGACAGAGAAAAUAUAGAUGAUAACAUUAAAGAACAUUUACAAGGUACAUAUCGAGACAGCAAACUGUGUCAUGUUAACUUCAGGUUAUUAUUUUUCAUGAUAUUAAUAGUCACUCAGAUUAUUUUCUUUGGUUUAACUGAGGACAAGAGGGCAUGGCUGCUUGUACUUGACAAAAUGUGUUUAAAUAAUCACAUUUUUAAUUGCAAUAAAAGGCAAAUGUUGAAAUUCGUUUUGCUUCAAAUAUUCAAGAUUUAUUUACACAUGAUGGUACAGUAUAUAAUUAUGUAUUUUAGUGAGGGAGAGUUGUUGUGUUGCAGCAGUGGUAUAAUAAAAUUUUUCUUUCUAUAUUUUUAGAAUCAGUAGAAUCCUCACUUUUCUUUACAUUUAAUGACUUUGGAUGUAUUAUCUAGUCAAACCACUGGUUAUUUUUGCCACUUUGUUCUAGGUUAUUUGCUGUAUCAACAAUAUUACUAUAAUUAUACACUGAUUUCUCCCAAUUUGUUAGAAUCUACUACCCCUCUUCUUGUGUUUCCUGAAGAACAAAUCACCAAUGGAAAAAGAGGACUCAUGAAAUUUAGGUAAGUGUCAUAAUAUUAUAGUAAGGUGUUCUUCCUAUUUUGGAAGGCCAGGUGUCACAAGGUUACCAAAUAAUCUGGAGCUUUAGCAGUGAUGAUGGUGACGGCAACGAGAACAGCUCAAAAAAGCAGGAUUGUUGGCUUAACAAAACAACAACUCUGCACAUGCAUAACCCUCAUGCUUUUUUCUACAUUUCUUUGCCGUCGUUGCAGGACUACAAUGUGACACUUCCUAAUUUCACGUUAUAUGAAAGACAUGAACACGAGACAAUGAUUUAAUUUUUCUUUCUCUGAAAUUAGAUACAGUCCCUUAGAAUUCAAUUCCAGAAAAAUUUGCCGACAUUUGACAAAUUGAACAAGGUGGAAUAAGAGCGAAGAAGUUUGAAGCAGUACGAAUUCACUUUUUGUAUGACGUUUUCACUGCCAUCACUGUUGUUGAUGCUAAAGCUCCCUACUACUGGAUGAACUGCAAGUACAUGUAUCAGAUCAAAACAUUCUAGUUAUUUGUAUAAAAUAGUAAAGAGAAAAGGUUAUAGCCAUUUGGAAAAUGCUUUGUGUCACAUGGUGCGUGAAGUAUGUGUUCUGCAUAAUAAAUUUCUUGUCUUAAGAGAAGCCUCAACAUAGUAGUUUACACUUUUUUACUUAUCUUUGGUGUUUGAUUCAAUCGUAGUUGUUCGAUAAUUCUGUUUCUUUUGUAGCCCUUGGGGUUUUCAAUUCAGCAGCACUGUACUUCCUGUAAGUAUCUGCAUCAUAAUUCAGUUUUAUUUUGACGUAUAGGCCUUAUUCACUUGAGUAUUAAUUUUAUCGUAAUCCAUAGUGAGAAAAGUCAAGUAGUUGUUCUAAAGAAGAAAAAAUGGUUGGUUAUUUUGCAGGUUUUAAUCUCAGUGAGACGUCCUCUGAUUAUCCAGAUACCUGCCGUAAGUUUCUUGCUUUAUAUUACUGAUAUCCAGUUUAUCCCUGAUAAGCUGAUCCAUAGGUCUUUUGUAGCAAAAACUUGAUCAUUCUGUAAACAAGGUUGUACUCAUUUUAUGCCGCCACAAACAAAAUUUUCAUGUAUCUGAUGAGAAGUGCAAUUUCCAGCAAUUUUGGAUUUAGUUUUGUUCAUUAGUGAACUUACGCAAAAGGACAGCAGAGGAAAGAAGACGGCAAACCUUGUGUGACAAGUGUAAUCAACACUAAUGCCUUAUAAAAAUUCUGCCAAACUUCAACUUCCUUUAAACAGGACUUUUUUAAAAAGUCCAGGUCACAGUAAUGUUAAGCGAAGAUCAGAGCAAAAGUCACAAGUUUUAGCCCUGUCACAUUUGUCAUACACAAACGUUUUGCUGUCCUCUUCUUUUAAUUUGUGCUGUCCUGUUUUGUAAGUUCACCAUUUUUUUGAUGACGACUGUGGUAGGGAAAACGUCACUAAAAAUGAAUUUGUGUCCUUUCAAACCUUAUCGUGUCUAGUGGAUUCUUUCAAUAAUUAUUAAUUAAAUUAUUGGUCAAAUGAAGGCAAUUUCUCGUGGAGUUGAAUUCUUAAGGACUUAAUCCAGGUUCAAAGAGAGAAAGGAAAGUUAAUUGUUGCACAUUCAUGUCCUCCAUAAAACACCGCCUUAAAUGUAAGGAGGUUUCACGUCAUAGUUUUGCAGUGAACAUCAAAUAAAUAUACUAAGAAGCGUGAUGUAGGACAGAGCUGUUGUCUUGCUAAUAAAACCAAUAAUUGUUUUUGACGUUGUCGUUGUUGUCAUCGUCUUUGUUGUCUUUGUCAUUGCUUAAGCACCCUAUUGUAGCUGGCGUGACUGCUUCUUGUGUUCAGGUCAUUACAAUGCUUCAAUGUUACUAAAAUUAUUUUUUGUUUUAGCAUGUUUUGGAAAGUGGAUGGUGGCAGGAUUUGUUCUGGUCCAUGUUUGUUCCGUACACACAUUAUCACAUCAGGUCAGUGUUUGUUGUCUACUUACUAGCAAAAAAUAGGAUACAAUCACAUGGUUUAGAAGAGGUUAUUAUUGUGAAGGUUUUAGUUAAAUAACGUUCACGUCAACUUGUUGGGUAGGCUGAAAACCUCCCAGUGCUGCAAAUAACAGUCACUCAUUACACAAUGUCUGACUAAAAUAAUGUUGCCCAUUUCUAAUAAAACCCUAAUUGUGGUUGGAUGUGGUGAUUGAGCAGAUCAAAAAUUAAACAGAGGCCAUUAUUUGGAAGCUGUUCAUCUUUAAGUUCUUAAGGAAAUUAAAGAACAUGCCAGAUACUCAGCAACAUGGUGACCUGCUGGUCAGACUAAUGUGGACCCUUUCUGUUUCACAAGCAAUUAAAAGGAAUUUGAAAGGAGGAUCUAGCAGUUUACAUUAUUUUGUAUCUGAAGUCAUUUUUAUUUAUGCACCCAUUCAGUUAUUAAUUUUGCAGCUCUUCCUCCCUGAUCCUGUUAGUGGACACUUGGUGAUGGAUGCAGCUGCAUACAAAUGUAUCUUAAGCCGACCCCUUUUCCUACACAGAAGCUUUUUCUGGUCCAAUCCAUGGGUGUCCACUUGCGGGAGGUUUGACUGUUAAAGCUUAUUUUCCACAGGAUACUUCCUCCUAUGGAAUCCAAGUCAGAUGAUGUUUGUAGUGAUCUUCAGAAAGUAAGUAGGGCUUUGGACUCACUUGUUGCUGCCACAAUGCCUUUGAUUCGUAUCCAGCACGUUUGUUUGCAAACUAUCUUAGUUGCCAUAUUUCAAUCCUAUAUUUUUUUCAGUGUCACGUAGUAUAUUAUUCACGAAUUAGGGCUAGGAGACAAAGAAAACUGAGAAUCAAUCCAGUUAAAAAAUUUUAACCUGAAUUUGAUUUCAACCUGUAACAUGUACAUAAAUGUAGUUACCAGUACUACGGUAUUUCUAAGCAAUAGCCUUUCAAGCAGUAGGAUACGUCAUUGAGAAACUUGAAAUAUGGGACAAAUUUGUAGGGAAAAUUAGACUAGUAAACAUGUAUUUUAUUAUUUUUAGCUGAUGGCCAGUGCUCUUGGAGUGACACCUACAAGUUAUUCAUCUGAAGAUGUCAGUGAAUUAAUAAAGCAAAUCAAUCUUCAGGCAGGUAUUAAAAAAAAACAGUUAUUUUGUAAUAAAUGAUUAUUUUUCCAACAACUAUGUUGCGGUUAAUAAUUGCUUUUCCUUUGUUUCAAAUUCAUUAGCAACAUUACCAUACCAAAAAACAAUGGAAAAAUAAAAAUUAAGUGGGAUAAAAAAUUAACUACAACAACUACAGUAACAUAUUGCAAUGUAAUGAAAACAGGUGUCCAGGAAAUCUGGACGCCUCUACUGUGAGCAGCCGCAGGCUCCUGCCAGCUGGCCCCUGGACAGAAAAUCACUCCCACGGCUGACAAUCCCUGCAACCCAGGCAUGAGCCUCCAGGAACACCACUCCAAUCCCACCUGUCACACAGCGUUUACAGUGGAAAGUAAGGAAAUGGGAUGGGAGGGCAAAAAUGAAACUGUUUGGGGUAAGAAGAAACUCUUAAAUGAAAAUGGAGAACGCACUCCACUAUUUAAUAUUCACUGCUAUUCACUGGACAUUAAUUCAUUCAGUGUAUUGCACUCAUCAACUUUCAGACAGUGGGGGCCAAGUUCAGUUUUGAAUGUAUAAAAAUAUGAUCUUAACUAGAGCCUGAUAAUAAAGACCUUGAUUGUUUCAGCUCAAGCAAGGGCCCUGUCUCAGCAACCCAAGCCAGCACCAAAUGGUAGAAACCCUCCAAAUCAAGACCCUAACAAUACAAGUCCCAACACAAGACUAACACGAAUGGUUCAACAAGUCAAGGAUGUGUUGCCACAGGUUCCUGCAACAGUGAUUUCAAGAGAUCUGAGUGAGUACAAAACCCUUGCUCUGUUUACUGUGAAUCUCAGAAAACCGUGAACAUUAGAAAUAUUUCUGGAGUGAUGUAACUAAAGCGUUAACUAAGAAAAACAAGCAAUGACCAUCGGACAGGCAAAGAGAGAACUGCUUGUCCAAAGCAGAUGACUUGAAAUUCAAGUUUUUUUUUUCAGCCUUCUUUUGUUUAUUGUACACUAUUGAAAUAUACAAUGUAAUAUCAGGCAAAUGAAAUUGACAGCUGUACCAUCCACCCUCCAUUAAAUAUGCAACCUCUUCUAGGGGUAUAGAAUGGUAUGUGAAAAAACGUGGGUGUUGGAAAAAUUUUGGCCUGAUCUGGAAAUCCCAGAAGCGUUGAUGGUUCGUGAAGUCUUGUUUUCAGGUGAUUUUUGUGUCUCGGAGUCUCAAUUUUUAUUCUGGCGAUGGAUCUCGGAUUCAAGGAUUUGUCAUUUUUUCCUUCUGUUUGAUCUUCAGGAGUUGAAUUUUUCAGAGUUCCUGGGUCCAGCUUAUUGAAUUGAGCUAAUAAUAGAUUUAGACAGUAAAACAAGAAGCAUUUACAUAUUGUUGGGCUAUUGGUGUUUUCAGUCACUUUAUUUAGCUUUGUUUGUACAUUAUCUUGAAUUUUUUUGGCGCUUAAGGUCUCAGGCUUGGAUUUUUUAGAAGUCUGGACUCAGAAUUGAUAAAAAUCUCUAAGUCUUGGUCUCAAAUAUUGGAACCAGGGUCUGACAGUCUAGCAAAGUCUUGAAUUUACCAUUUUAUACCCCUUGUACUGUAUUUUAGUGGAUGGUUUUUUGGUUAGGUAGAUCAUCUGACCACAUUAAGUUCAGGUUCCAGGAAAUCAUACAAUGUAACGUUGUUGUUAUUAUUCCCAGCCGUUUAGCAAAUGUGAUUGCCCAUGGCUUGUAAAGUGGAUCUUAGGCUACCAGGAAUUUACUUCUGACAAAGACAGAGAAAAUAUAGAUGAUAACAUUAAAGAAUAUUUACAAGGUACAGAUCUAGACAGCGAAUUGUGUCAUGUUAACUUCAGAUUAUUAUUUUUCAUGAUAUUAAUAGUCACCCAGAUUAUUUUCUUUGGUUUAAUUGAGGACAAGAGGGCAUGGCUGCUUGUACUGGACAAAAUGUGUUUAAAUAGUCACAUUUUUAAUUUCAAUGAAAGGCAAAUGUUGAAAUUCGUUUUGUUUCAAAUAUUCAAGAUUUAUUUACACAUGAUAGUACAGAAUAUAAUUAUGUAUUUUAGUGAGGGAGAGUUGUUGUGUUAUUUGUUGCAGCAGUGGUAUAAUAAAAUUUUCCUUUCUAUUUUUUUAGAAUCGGUAGAAUCCUCACUUUCUUUUUACAUUUAAUGACUUUGGAUGUAUUAUCUAGUCAAACCACUGGUUAUUUUUGCCACUUUGUUCUAGGUUAUUUGCUCUAUCAACAAUUUUACUAUAAUUAUACACUGAUUCCUCCCAAUUUGUUAGAAUCUAGUACCCCUCUUCUUGUGUUUCCUGAAGAACAAAUCACCAAUGGAAAAAGAGGACUCAUGAAAUUUAGGUAAGUGUCAUAAUAUUAUAGUAAGGUGUUCUUCCUAUUUUGGAAGGCCGGGUGUCACAAGGUUACCAAAUAAUCUGGAGCUUUAGCAGUGAUGAUGGUGACGGCAACGAGAACAGCUCAAAAAAGCAGGAUUGUUAGCUUAACAAAACAACAACUCCGCACAUGCAUCACGCUCAUGCUUUUUUGUACAUUUCUUUGCCGUCGUUGCACGACUACAAUGUGACACUUCCUAAUUUCACGUUACAUGAAAGACAUGAACACGAGACAAUGAUUUAAUUUUUCUUUCUCUAAAAAUUAGAUACAGUCCCUUAGAAUUCAAUUCCAGAAAAAUUUGCCAACAUUUGACAAAUUGAACGAGAUGGAAUAAGAGCGGAGAAGUUUGAAGCAGCACGAAUUCACUUUUUGUAUGACGUUUUCACUAGAAGUGGCGAACGGUAAAAUCCGAGACUUGCCAAGACGCCGAGAUCCUAGUUAGAAAUCCGAGCCCGAGACUUUUUGGUGAAAAGUUUCGAGACUCAAAAAAAGUAAAAACAAACCAUGAAAAAAUGAGACUUCGAGACUUAUCAAAAACACUUCCAAGAUUUUGAGAUCCUGCCAAAAUUUUCCGAGACCCACUUUUUUCGAGGUACCAUUCGCCACCUCUUUCACUGCCAUUGCUGUUGUUGAUGCUAAAGCUCCCUAAUACUGGAUGAACUGCAAGUACAUGUAUCAGAUCAAAACAUUCUAGUUAUUUGUAUAAAAGAGUAAAGAAGGAAAGGUUAUUGCCAUUUGGAAAAUGUUUUGUGUCACGUGGUGCGUGAAGAAUGUGUUCUGCAUGAUAAAUUUCUUGUCUUCAGAGAAGCCUUAACAUAAUAGUUUACACUUUUUUACUUAUCUUUGUUGUUUGAUUUAAUCUUAGUUGUUUGAUAAUUCUGUUUCUUUUGUAGCCCUUGGGGUUUUCAAUUCAGCAGCACUGUACUUCCUGUAAGUAUCCUCAUUGUAAAUAUCAGCAGGAGUGAACAGUUUUAUUUUGACAUAAUUAUAGGCCUUAUCCACUUUUAGUUGAGUAUUUAUCGUAAUCCAUAUGAGAAAAGUCAAAUAGUUCUUCUAAAGAAAAAAAAAAUGGUUGGUUAUUUUGCAGGUUUUAAUCUCAGUGAGACGUCCUCUGAUUAUCCAGAUACCUGCCGUAAGUUUCUUGCUUUAUGUUACUGAUAUCCAGUUUAUCCCUAAUAAGCUGAUCCAUAGGUCUUUUGAAGCAAAAACUUGAUCAUUCUGUAAAUAAGGUUGUGCUCAUUUUAUGCCACCACAUAAAGCAAAAUUUUCUUGUAUCUGAUGAGAAAGUGCAAUUUCCAGCAAUUUUAUGUUCAGUUUUGCUCAUUAGUGAACUUACACAAAAGGACAACAGAGGAAAGAAGACGGCAAACCUUGUCUGACAAGCGUAACAAAACUAAUGUUUUUUAAAAAUUCUGCCAAAUUUAAACUUCCUUUUAUACUGUGAACCUCACAGAAGCGUGAACACCAGAAAUAUUUAUGGAAGGUUAUUGUAUUGCGAGGAAAUAGCCAAUAAGUUAUGAGAAAACUAAGCCACAAACAGCAACAGUAAUUAGUAACUUGUGGUUCUGAGGUUUGCUCACGUGUCCUGAACAUUAAUGUGAUUGGUCACCACACGAUCAACAUUCCCGAAAUUAUUCAUUUGUUCACGGUUUUCUGAGUUUCACAGUAAAUGGGACUUUUUUACAAAGACCAGGACACAGUAAUGUUAAGCGAAGGUCAGAGCAAAAGUCGCAAGUAAUAGCCCUACAUUUGUCAGACACAAACGUUUUGCUGUCCUCUUUGUGCUGUCCUGUGGUGUAAGCUCGCCAUUUGGGAGCUUGAGCAAUGUGACGACGAUAGCAGUGAAAAGGUCGCUAAAAAAUGAAUUUGUGUCCGUUCAAACCUUAUCGUGUCUAUUGGAUUUCUUUCAAUUGGUCAAAUGAAGGCAAUUUCUCCUGGAGCUGAAUUCUUAAGAACUUAAUUCAGGUUCAAAAAGAGAAAGGAAAGUUAAUUGGUGGACAUUCAUGUCCUCCAUGAAACACUGCCUUAUAUUAGUAUAAGGAGGUUUCACGUCAUAGUCGUGCAGUGAAUGUCAAAGAAAUAUACUAAGAAGGGUGAUGCAUGGCAGAGCUGUUGUCUUGCUAAUAAAACCAAUAAUUGUUUUUUGACGUUGUUGUUGUUGUCAUUGUCUUUGUUGUCUUUAUCGUUGCUUAUGCAACUUAUUGUUGGUGGCGUGAGAUUUCUGGUGUGCAGGUCAUUACAAUCCUUCAAUGCUACUCAGUUUUUUUUUGGAUUUAGCAUGUUUUGGAAAGUGGAUGGUGGCAGGAUUUGUUUUGGUCCAUGUUUGUUCCAUACACACAUUAUCACAUCAGGUCAGUGUUUGUUGUCUACUUACUAGCAAAAAAUAGGAUAUAAUCACAUGGUUUAGAAGAGGUCAUUACUGUGAAGGUUUAAGUGAAAUAACAUUCACGCCACCUUGUUGCAUAGGCUGAAAACCUCCCAGUGCUGCAAAUAACAGUCACUCAUUAGACAAUGUCUGACAAAAAUAAUGUUGCCCAUUUCUAAUAAAACCCUAAUUGUGAUUGGACAUGGUGAUUGAGCAGAUCAAAAAUUGAUCAGAGACCAUUAUUUUGAAGCUGUUCAUCUUUAAGUUCUGAAGAAAAUUGAAGGAAAUGCCAGAUGCCCAACAACAUGGUGACCUGCUGGUCAGACUAAUAUGGACCCUUUCUAUUUCACAAGCAAUCAAAAGGAAUUUGAGAGGAGGAUCUAGCAGUUUACAUUAUUUUGUAUCUGAAGUCACUUUUAUUUAUGCACCCAUUCAGUUAUUAAUUCUGCAGCUCUUCCUCCCUGAUCCUGUUAGUGGACACUUGGUGAUGGACGCAGCUGCAUGCAAAUAUAUCUUAAGCCAACCCCUUUUCCUACACAGAAGCUUUUUCUGGUCCAAUCCAUGGGUGUCCGCUUGCUGGAGGUUUGCCUGUUAAAGGUUGCAUUAUGGUAAUAAUGUUGAUCUCAAAAGAAAAGAGGUGUGAUUUUAUUUUCCACAGGAUACUUCCUCCUAUGGAAUCCAAGUCAGAUGAUGUUUGUAGUGAUCUUCAGAAAGUAAGUAGGGCUUUGGACUCACUUAUUGCUACCACAAUGCCUAUGAUUCGAAUUCAGCAGGCUUGUUUGCAAACUAUCUUCGUUGCCACAUUUCAAUCCUACCGGGGUAUAUAUAUUUUUCAGUGUCACGUAGUAUAUUAUUAAUGAUAUAGGGCUAGGAGACAAAGGAAAUUGAAAAUCAACCUAGGUUAAAAAAAUUUUAACCUGACUUCGAUUUUGACCUGUAACAUAUACAUAAAAAUUAAUGUAGUUACCAGUACUAUUUCUAAGCAAUAGCCUUUCAAGCAGUAAGAUACGUCAUUGAGAAGCUUCAAGUAUGGGACAAAUUUGUGGGGAAAGUUAGACUUGUAAACAUGUAUUUUAUUAUUUUUAGCUGAUGGCCAGUGCUCUUGGAGUGACACCUACAAGUUAUUCAUCCGAAGAUGUCAGUGAAUUAAUAAAGCAAAUCAAUCUUCAGGCAGGUAGUAAAAACACAAUGAUUUUGUAAUGAAUGAUUAUUUUUCCAACAACUAUGUUGCAGUUAAUUUUUGUUUUUCCUUUGUUUCAAAUUCCUUAGCAACAUUACCAUACCAAAAAACAAUGGAAAAAUAAAAAUUAAGUGAGAUAAAAAUUAACUACAACAACUACAUAUUGCAAUGUGAUGAAGACAGGUGUCCAAGAAGUCUGGAUGCCUCCACUGUGACCAGCUGCAGGCUCCUGCCAGCCAGCCCCUGGACAGAAAAUCACUCCUAUGGCUGGCAAUCCCCGCCACCCAGGCAUGAGCCUCCAGGCACACCACACUGAGUUGUCCAGGCACCUGUCACACUGUGUUUACAGUGGAAAGUAAGGAAAUGGAAAGGGAGGGAGAAAAAUGAAACUGAAGAAACUAAAAAAUUAAAAUGGAGAAUGCACUCCACUAUUCAAUAUUCACUGCUAUUCACUGGGCAUUAAUUCAUUCAGUGUAUUUAAGACAGUGGGGGCUAAGUUCAGUUUUGGAUGUACAAAAAUGUGUUCUUAAAUAGAGCCUGAUAAAGAUCUUGAUUGUUUCAGCUCAAGCAAGGACCCUGUCUCAGCAACCCAAGCCAGCACCAAAUGGUAGAACCCCUCCAAAUCAAGACCCUAACAAUGCAAGUCCCAACACAAGGCUAACACGAAUGGUGCAACAAGUCAUCCUACACAACGGUGUCCAAGGACGUUGUCACUAAAGUUCUCUAGACUCACUCAUGUUUUGGGAACGAGACAAAUGACACUUAGAGUCUUUUGGCACUUGUAAUCUUUAUAAAGACCUCACCUAUUGUGUUUCACAGAAAAAGCCAAUCAGACGUGGGAAAACUGACCCAAAAGCAACAUGGAUAAUUAAUUUGUGGUUUUGUGGCUACUAUCUUUGUUAUGAUUGAUCAUAGCGCAUUAAACAUUCCUGAAACAUUGCAGGUGUCCACGGUUUUCUAAAGCUAUAGUAAAACAUGCAACAAAAAUGUGCAACCUUUUUUGCAACAUUGCUGCAGAACGUGUUGAUUAAAGCGAUGUUACGCGUUUCAUCAUCCACGUUUAAACCCAGUGUCUUGCAACAAAUCAGGUUGCUGCAAGUUGCGUGAAUACUGCCUUAUGAUUGGAGUGAGUGCAAAGAUAUUUUGGAUAAUGCUGCACUAGUUGAUAGAACUGAGAUGGCUUACCUUACAUAAGCAAGCAAAAUAUUGGAGGAUCGCAGGAGAGGAUUAGUUGAGCAUGAAAGAUGCACUAACAGUUGCAAAGGAAAAGCAGCAACCACUACCACUACCACUACCACUACUACUACCACUACCACUACCACUACCCCACUACCCCUACCACUACUACUACCACUACCACUACCACUACCACUACCACUACUACUACCACUACCACUACCACUACCACUACCAGUACUACUACUACUACCACUACCACUACCCCACUACCAGUGACUACCACUACCACUACCACUACAACUACUACUACUACUACCACUACCACUACUACUACCACUACCACUACCCCACUACCACUACCACUACCACUACCAUCAAUGUCUGUAAAUGAAGUGAGACUUGAAAUAAUACGUUAGAAGUAGUUGUAGCUGGAAUUUGCUUAUGAAACCGAUUAGAAGAACACCUAAACAUAGAAGUUUUGGCAGUGUAGUAACAAAUUAAUUCGUUAUUUAUUCGUAAAUGUAAUUUUUGUUUUCUUGCUGAAGGUCGAACACAUUGUGUUGACACAACCAUUACUAAUAUUUUGGAGGGAAGAGUAAGCUAUGUACCUGAGAAAGAAAACAGCAAGACAGAGUCAUCCAGUGACGCUAAAAUCACACCUGCGAGAGUGUCUAACGAGGUGGGUAUCUUUCACGGAAACUAAAGCGUACAUUUAAGAUUGAGGUUUCAAUAAUAUACUGUUUUUUUUGUCAGUUUAGUUCAGUUUAUUGUUUUGCUAUAAUGGUGUAAAAAAAAAAAAAAAACAAGGAAAUCUAAAUAUUUAAAAAGCUAAUGGCAAGGAAGCCAAAGGGAAGCCACCGGGCUUAUAAGAAAUGGGCUCAGUUAAAUUAUUACAACAACAUAUUAACAGCAUUAUACAUGCAUUUCUCCAUAUAAACACUUUGGCUUGCCCAGCCAGGUCAACACAGUCAGAGCAUGCGCGAGCGCUGUUGGCUCUGGUUAAUCUCUUCCCAGAGGCUGCGAUCCUCUUGGUCAGCGACGGGGAUUGGGCUCUGGCAAAUGGGUCGACUUUUUUCUCGUUUUACAUGCUCGUGAACGUUGACUGGGCUGGGAGGGGAGGGUGACCCAUCUACCCAAAAUAGAUUUUCUCCAUAUGAACGGGGCCUUUUUAACUUUAUUGCCGUUCUCGAUGCCGUCGCAGUCCUCGAAUCUUAGAGCAAUUUUCGUAUGACCUUGAAAUGAAAACGCGCAAACAAAACAGAAACAACAAACGAACGGAAUUAGGGCGAUUUGAUUGGUUUAUCGAACGGGUGCAAACGCGCGUGGCUUUUGGUUGGUUAAGCGAACGCUCGGGUGAAAAAACUUCAUGCUCGAGAACUUUCUAGAAAUCAACCGAUAAUUCGCUUUGACGUCAUACUGCAACAGAUUGGCCAAUCGGAAUCGAACAAUGGCUUCUCCACAUUAGGGUUUUCUUUGGCGGGAAAACGAAGAGGCCAUGUCUUGAUCUUUUCAUUCAUUAGCUGAUAAAACAAAUAACGAACACUUACCGAAACCAGUUUUCAAGGUCAUACGAAAAUCGCUCAAAGGUUUAAACAAGGUUCCACUGCAUAAGAACAGGGCCCUAAGUGGGCGCUUUCAGUGUCUAUUAGGAGGAUACCAACUUAGGAAGGUGAGACAGGUGGUGAAGUUAACAGAUCUAUCCUUUCUCGUCUAGACAACACCAACCAAGACGCAAGACGUUACAUUCUCACGUUUUCCUGAGGAAAGACAAAAACUGCUGAACGAAAGAAAAGCCAUGAUGCUUGAAAAUGCAAGAAGGUAA